AUGAUGUUCAAAAUUAUCAUCCUUCUUCUUUUCCAUAUCUUUCUUUCUUUACACUUGGAGCCGUCAACUGCAAAAACAUGGAUCAAAGCAGGUUACUGGUACUCCGGCAGCGAGUUCCCGAUUUCAGUCAUAAAAUCAACCCUCUUUAGUCACCUUAUUUGCGCUUUUGCUGGUCUAAACCCAUCGUCAUACGAGCUCUCUGCCUCAUCCUCCUUCUCUAACUUCACGAACACUGUUAAACAAAAGAACCCAUCAAUCACCACCCUCCUUUCUAUUGGGGGUGGAAGCGCAGACCAUGCAGUCCUUUCAUUGAUGGUCAGCAAGGCUUCCUAUAGAAAAUCUUUCAUCGACUCUUCACUGAAGAUGGCAAGGCUUUAUGGCUUCCAAGGCCUAGACCUUUCUUGGGUUUCAGCAAACACAAGCCGCGACAUGACCAAUAUGGGGAUACUCUUUCAGGAGUGGCGAGCCGCCGCGAAUUCCGAGGCAAAAAACUCUAGCCAGACAGAAUUGAUCUUGACUGCUUCUGUUCAUUACUCACCGGAUGUGGAUAUCGCUUCUUUCCCAGUGGACUCCAUAAGGGAUAACUUGAAUUGGGUUCAUGUCAUAGCUUAUGACUACUAUAUGCCUCAGUGGUCAAACUUGACAGGUGCUCUUGCAGCCUUAUAUGACCCAUCAAGCGAGGCUAGCACGGAUUAUGGCAUUGGUGCAUGGAUUGGUAGGGGCUUGUCCGCUGGAAAGUUGGUCUUGGGCUUGCCUUUCUAUGGCUAUGCAUGGACGCUAAAGAAUCCCAACGACAAUGCUAUUGGUGCACCGGCUACAGGUCCAGCCAUUACACCUGAAGGAUACAUGAGCUAUAAGGAUAUCAAGGCUUACAUUAAGGGAAAUGGGGCUGUUGUAAGAUACAAUACUACAUAUGUAGUGAAAUUCUUCUCAGUUGGAUCGGUCUGGAUCAGCUUUGAUGAUGUUAAGGUGGUCAAAAUUAAGGUUUCUUAUGCCAAGCGUAAGGAACUACUUGGUUACGUUGUGUGGCAAGUCUCUCAUGAUGACAAUUGGGAGCUUUCUCAAGCAGCUCAAGAGGAAGGAGAUAAUGGACAACAGGAAGGAAAUAAUGGACAACAGGAAGGAGAUAAUGGACAACAGGAAGGAAAUAAUGGACAACAGGAAGGAAAUAAUGGACAAGAGGAAGGAGAUAAUGGACAACCCAAGGGGCGAUUAUUAGUGAUCGUUUUGACUACAACUGCUACCGUUGUUCUUCUACUGAGCCUUGUAAUAUGUUGCUUACGGAAGAGAAGGCUCAAAUUAAAAGGAAUGGUUGUUACAUCUAAAGAAUCAGAGUCCAAAAUUAAUCAUAUGGCAGCUGCAAGAGAUUUCAAUGGCAACAUUCCUAAUCUUCAAGUCUUUAUUUUAGCUGACAUUGAGGCAGCUACAAAUAGAUAUUCAAUUGAAAAUAAACUUGGACAGGGAGGUUAUGGUCCCGUUUUCAAGGGAGUAUUACCAAAUGGACAAGAAAUAGCCGUGAAAAAGCUUUCAAAAACAUCUACGCAAGGGUUUGAGGAGUUUAAGAACGAGGUUAUACUUACUGCGAAACUGCAACAUGUAAAUCUUGUGCGACUUUUGGGAUUUUGCAUUGAGAGGAAUGAACAAAUGCUGAUCUACGAGUACAUGCCAAACAAAAGCUUGGACUUCUACCUCUUUGACCCUAUGAGAUGGUAUCUAUUGGAUUGGAGAAAACGCAUCGACAUCAUUGAAGGGAUUACUCAGGGGCUUCUAUAUCUCCAAGAAUACUCGAGAAUGACAAUUAUUCACCGAGACUUGAAAGCAAGCAACAUUUUACUAGACCACGAGAUGAAACCCAAGAUCUCUGACUUUGGUAUGGCUAGAAUUUUCAGGAAAGAUGAUCAUGAAGCAAACACAGGUCGAAUUGUUGGAACAUACGGUUAUGUUCCUCCUGAGUAUGUUAGAAAAGGUGUGUACUCCACGAAAUCUGAUGUUUAUAGCUUUGGAGUUCUACUUCUACAAAUCAUUAGUGGUAAGAGGACUGCUUGUUAUUAUGGUUUGGAUGAGAACUUGACCAUCCUAGAAUAUGCAUAUGAGCUUUGGAAAGAAGGCAAAGGCAUGGAAUUUAUGGAUUCUACUCUGGAUGACACACUUUCAUCGUGCAAAUUAAUUAGAUGCAUGCAAAUAGCUCUUUUAUGCGUCCAGGAAAACGCUAGUGACAGGCCAUCUAUGCUAGAAGUUUCUUCAAUGCUAAAAAAUGAAAUUGCAGCUCUAACAAUUCCAAGAAAGCCAGCUUUUUCAAGGAAAAUAGACAAAGAAGAGGAAAAUAAAUCCACAUUGCAGCCAGAAAUUUGUUCUGAUAAUGAUGCAACAAUCUCCAAACUGGUAGCACGAUGAGCGUGGAGGACUUGUGAAACAUAUAUAGUUAAUUAAUUUUUUUUUAAAAAAAAUCCCAUUUUCCCCCAUUUUUUUCUCUUAGACGUAGUAUAUAUGGUCAAUUGGUCAUUCACAAUCACUCUAUUAUCAUCAUUGUAGCUAAACUCGUAUUUUCAU